AUGGUCUCAAACUUGCAAACAAAAACCCUUAUUACUACAGAUGGGCGAAAGUACACUUAUGAUACCGUCCCAGCACAGGACAACAAGGCUACCGUCCUCCUCAUUCAUGGCUACCCCGCCACCCGCCGCGAUUGGAAGUACCAAAUCGAGGAUCUGUCUGCAGCAGGCUAUGGCGUCAUCACGCCAGAUUGUCUAGGAUAUGGAGACAGUGAUAAACCACUGGAAGUCGAAGCCUACAAACUAAAGGGAAUUAGCAACCACAUAACAGAAAUUCUUGACAAAGAAGGGCUGAACAAGGUCAUCGGAGUGGGUCAUGACUGGGGAGCCGGUGUCCUGUCCAGAGUAGCUGUCUGGCACCCUGAUCGACUCGAGAAGAUUGUAUUUAUGUCGACCGGAUAUAACCGACCCGGGGUCUUCAUGGAUGUUGAUGCUAUCAAUGCGAAUAGCCUCAAAGCAACUGGAAAGAUGCCGUUUGGUUACUGGUACUUCUUCAACUCGCUUGAUGCACCAAGUCUAGCCGCAUCCCAUCUCGAAUCAUUCUUCAGUCUCGUGUUCCCUACUGAAAAUCUCAAGUGGAUCGACAAUCUCGGUGCUCUGGGAUCAGCUCGAGCCUGGCUCAACAACAACACAACAACCCCGCUACCCAGCUACAUGACCGAGGAGGACAGAGCAGCGUGGCUCGAAGCAUUCAGCAAGCCAAACGCCACAACAGGAUCAAUGAACUAUUACAAGGCCCUUCUUCGCGGCGUCAAUGCAGAGGAUGAGGCUAUUCUGACCGACGAGGAUCGCACUCUACGGGUUCCUGUGCUCACUAUUGGUGGUGCGCAGGAUUCAAUUGCGCCACCCGAGUAUCAACAGAUGAACACAGAAUCAUUUUCUGCUGCUGGGUACACUGGCAAAAUCCUCAAUGCAGGCCAUUGGAUGAUGUACGAGGACAGAGAGGGCGUGAAGAAUGCUUUGCUGGAGUUUAUCAAGGAAUAA